UUCUCUCUCUCUCUAUCUCUCUCUCUCCCUCUCUCUCUCUCUGUCUGCUCUCUGUGGGUCCCGCCGAAGGCCCCCGCCAAACGCGGGGAGGCCCCCUGGUGCUCGGCGGGCGCACAUGUGGACGCUAUUCUUUCAGCUUCUAGAAUAAAGAUUGACCGCCGAGAAGGGAGAGAGAACCGAUGGCAAUACUGUGACGAGGGAAAGAAAACGAAGAGGCGACACACUAGCACUCUUUUGUUGAUAUCCUGAUCCAUGGCUUCACUCGAUAGCGCCCAAAUAUCCCUCCGAUGCUCCUUCUCCGUCCGACUCGUGUUCUCUCCUUCUAACGUCCCCCUCAUCAAGAAAUCCUAUGCCGUUUCGGUCGGUAAUGUCUUCUGGCUAGACAGUCCGAUCAGAUUCAAAGCUUUGAACUUUGUUGGAAGAGCCGGUCCUAACCAAACCCCAGUUCACUCGCUCUCCGACGAUGGGGGAGGUUCCACUGAUGAUGACCGGAGGCCUCCUUUCGACCUCAACCUUGCCGUCGUGCUUGCUGGGUUUGCUUUCGAAGCCUACAUUAGUCCUCCGGAAAAUGUUGGGUGGCGCGAGGUCGAUGCAGCUGAUUGCCAGACAGUUUUCCUCUCAGAGAAGUUUCUUCAUGAAAUAUAUGAUGGGCAACUAUUCAUAAAGUUAAAGAAAGGAAUAGAUCUUCCUGCGAUGGAUCCAUGGGGCACAAGCGAUCCUCAUGUUGUUUUUCAAUUGGAUGGUCAAAUUGCAAAGAGCAAGAUAAAAUGGGCGACAAAGGAGCCUGUGUGGAAUGAAGAUUUUAGCUUCAAUAUAAAGCUAACUCGGGCGAAACUUCUUCAGGUUGCAGCUUGGGAUGCAAAUCUUGUAACUCCACACAAACGUAUGGGAAAUGCUGGGGUGAACUUAGAAUCACUUUGUGAUGGAAAUUUGCAUGACUUGGCAGUGGAAUUGGAGGGCAUGGGAGGUGGUGGAAAGAUUCAUCUAGAGAUUAAAUAUAGGAGCUACGAUGACAUCAAAAGAGACAAACAGUGGUGGACAAUACCUUUUGUCUCUGACACUCUCCUAAAGAGUAGCUUAGGAAAUACUUUUAAAAUGGUUCUUGGAUCUGAGAGUGUAAAUGCUAGCCAGUUCGUAAAAUCUGCAUUUGGGCAGUUAAAUUCCUUCACAUACGCAUACAUUCAGAAACCUUCCUCUUCUGAUAUUUAUAAUACCGAUAAAUCUAAAGAAUCAGAAAAUUCUACUAAUACUUUGGCUGGCUCAGAGGAAGACAGAGGUAAUGAAUCAAACGUUUUGAAUGUUAGUGGCAGCGAGAAUAGUUCAUUGGAAAGAAAGUGCAAGUCACCUUCUCGAUCAGAUGAGUACUUUUGGAAAGCAUUUACCGACAUAGUCAGCAAAAAUGUCCUCCAAAGGUUUGGAUUUUCUCUUCCUGAGAUUAAAAUGUGGGAUGGAUUUGAUGUACUUAAUAAAUUGGGUUUGCAAUCAAAACAAAUUGCAGAGAAGGAAUAUGUUGAUUUUGGACUAGCAACCCCAGAAAUAAUAGAAAAUAGUGAAAACAAGAAUGAGCUUUCUUCUACUAAAAAGAGCAUUCCAUCUUCACUUUUAGACAUUAAGAAAGUAUCUGCUGAUGUACUAAGUCAAACAGAGACUAUAUUAGGAGCACUGAUGGUUCUCACUGGGACCCUUUCACAACAGAAAAAAAACUCAUCUACUGUGGGAGAAGAAGAGAAUAAAAUAGAUGCUUCUGUGAAUGAAGAACAAGUUCCAGAAUAUGCCAUGAAUAAUGAAGAUUGUAUUGCAACAAAAGAACAGGUGUUAGAUACAAGAAAAGCAGAGGAGAUGAAGCAAUUGUUUUCAAGUGCAGAGAGUGCUAUGGAGGCCUGGGCGAUGCUUGCUACUUCAUUGGGCCGGAGUAGUUUUAUCAAAUCUGAUUUUGAGAAGAUAUGUUUUCUCGAUAAUAUUUCUACGGACACACAGGUGGCUAUUUGGCGUGAUUCUUUGCAGAGAAGGCUUGUGAUUGCUUUCAGAGGAACUGAACAAGCUAAGUGGAAGGAUUUGCUGACUGAUUUAAUGCUUGUCCCCACUGGGCUGAACCCUGAGAGACUGGGUGGUGGCUUUAAACAAGAACUUCAAGUUCAUAGUGGGUUCUUAAAUGCUUAUGACUCUGUUAGGAAUAGAAUCAUGGCGCUGAUUAAAUUCUCCAUUGGGUAUCUUGAUGAUGAUGGUAUGGAAGUCCAACCUAAAUGGCAUGUUUAUGUCACGGGACAUAGUUUAGGUGGAGCACUUGCUACCCUUCUUGCUCUUGAACUUUCAUUAAGCAAAUUGGCCAAGCAUGGUUUGAUAUCUGUGACAAUGUAUAACUUCGGUUCUCCGAGAGUUGGAAAUAGAAAAUUCGCAGAAGUUUACAAUGCGAAAGUGAAAGAUAGCUGGAGAGUCGUCAAUCACAGAGAUAUUAUUCCAACAGUGCCUCGCCUUAUGGGCUAUUGUCAUGUUGCUGAACCUGUUUAUCUGGCAGUUCAUGGUCUAAAGGAGGCGUUGAUGAACAGAGAAGUUUUAAGUGAUGGGUACCAAGGUGACGUGAUAGGAGAAUUCACUCCUGAUCUUCUCGUCAGUGAGUUUCAACAGAGGGUGAAAGAAAGGACUAUCAGGUUCUUUUGGAGCUCUAUAGUAUUAGAGCAGUUGCAUUUGGAGCACCGAUACUUUCCUUUGAUUGUUACCACCGUGAUUUUGAUCCAUCGAGGGACGAAAAUGAAAGGAGAGAAGCAGCUGGUAGAAAAGAUUCUGCAGACGGAGAUAAAUCUUCUCCGCUCAAUCAGAGAUGGGACUGCUCUUAUGCAGCAUAUGGAAGACUUCUAUUAUGUCGCACUUUUAGAGAGUGUAAGGUCAAAAUACCAAACAGCCAACGGUGCAAACUCAAGUGAAGGUCCCUCACUGGCUGCAUGAGCCCAAUCAUAACGGGAAAUAUGAAUAUUGUGGCAUCCACCUACCUAUAUCUUGUCCCAAUUCCGAUCGACAGAGCCCACGGACAAAGAAUUUCGCAAGCUGUGGGUGUCUUUGCUACAACAAUUAGCCUUCUUUGUGCUUUUUUUUCUUACAUGAAUUAAAAUGUUCGAAAUAUUCUCAAUAGUGUUUCUCUUCUUUCUUUUCUAUUUGUUGAGGAUUGGUGGGCAAUAUCGACUACCCCCGUAGCGACACUUCCGAAAGGUCUUGGCUCAUAGUGUCUAGAUCCCAACGAGCGAUGCCAUCUAGCAUAUAGUAUUAUUGGACUUUUGCAAGGUUUAGUUACAAUCACAUAUUCAUGGGUUACCAUUUUCAUGUCACUUCAAACGCUUUACGCUAUCGACUUGUUGCCAAUCAUGCAAAUUCAAAUAUCAUCUUUGAAUUCUUAUUAUCUAUUU